AUGCCCUACGCUCAAUCCUGGCUCGACUGGGAAGCCGCCAGCGGCGGCCGCGCGGCCCUCAAAGGCAGCCCAGAGGAGAUCAGGGGCAUGUCCGACCAGCUCGUCCAGGCGCUCAUGCCUAUAAUGCCGCCGAUGCCUGAAGGCGUGGAUGUCGUUGAAGGCGACGUCGACGGGAUCAAGUACCGCACAUACACGCCUCAGGAAGGCAACGGGCCGUUCCCGAUCGCUGUGUGGACGCAUGGUGGUGGCUACAUGACUGGAGAUUUGAAUAUGGACCACUAUCUCUGUUUGGUUGUUGCGCUGCAGACGAAGAGCGCGGUCGUGAAUGUGGAUUACCGUUUAGCGCCUGAGUACAAGUGGCCUACGCAGUUGGAGGAUAGCUUGAAAGUGUACAAAUGGGCUGUCGCCAACGCUUCCUCGUUCAAAGGCAACGCCAGCAAAGUUUAUACAAUCGGUGGCUCCGCCGGCGGCGCCCUCGCCCUCCAAGUCGCCAACGCCGUCAUCCGCGAACCAGGCCUGAAAACCAGCCUCCGCGGCAUCGCCGCCAUGGUCCCCUGCACCACCCACUGGGACAACGUGCCCUCCAAAUACGCCUCGCACUACAAUUCUUACACCGAAAACGCCCAAGGGACCCCCAUCAUCGACAAAGAGAGCAUGGAGGUCUUCUACCAUCACGUCGGCGCCGACCCCAAGGACCCGGGGACUUUUACGAUCCUAGCCACGGACAAACAUCAGGAGUUCCCGCCGGUGUAUAUGACGAGUUGCGAGUUUGACCCGUUGAGAGACGAUGCGACGAUCAUGGAGAUGGCGUUGAAGGAUGCCGGGGUACCGGUGAAGCAUGAUUACUGGAAAGGGUUUCCGCAUUAUUUCUGGAUUAUCCCGGUGGUGAAGGAGGGGCAGGAGUAUGUGGGGAAGUUGUGUGAGGGGAUUGAGUGGUUGAAGAGUCAGAUGUAG